AUGCUGUAUUGCCUAGAACAUGAACUGGGGCUUCGCAUCUUUGCACAGCCAGAAACAUGCCAUUCCUGUUGGAAUGACGUGCGCAACGGAGUGCGCCGAGCCGGGCGCCAAUAUGUCCUACUCCUUGCUAUGACAAUGGCGAACGUCAUGCAUGGACCGUUUAAAUCAGGAAGGAACUUUCAGACCCUACAAGAGUCAGCCCAAUCCCUAGCGCACCACCUCAGCGAUGAUGAGUUCAAUGAAUUGGUGGAUUCCAUGGCCUCCGACAAGGCCUUUCAGGAGUCUGAGACCCUGCCAAAUGAGAAGUCAGAGCUGCCAAACCUACCGGCCGUCACAAAGCUACCGGCUUUUGCUGACUCUGCAGAUGAGGAGCAAUCAGUCGAAAACAAUGGCUUGGACGAUGACGAUGGCGAGCCUGAUGAAGCAGAAGUGCCCAAGCUACGUCCUCAGACCAAGCAGGAGUUAUCAGCCCUGAGAGGUCAUAUGGACUACCAGAAGAAGUUGUGGCGCGCCAUUAUUGCAGCCGAGGCACUUGUAAAUGAUCCCAAGGUCGCCAAACGGACGAAGCUGGCGGUAAAGCAGAUCCUCGAUGACAUUGCCUGGAACAACAUACAAUUGGCGCGAGAGUUGUGCUUGAUUUGCAGCAUUGGUAAUUGGGACGCAAAGCACGAGCUCAUUCAGGAGGUGGCUCUAGCUAUGACAGGGUCACCACAAAACACAAAGUAUGACCUGGAGGAUGGGUUUGCUCAUUUGGCGAGUUUGAGCAAGGUUUGGAACCAGAGCUCUGCCAUGAACAAGUCACUGGAGCUGAGCUCAACAGACUUUAGAUGUGACCCCUACUUUGAAGUUCCCAAUGAUUUGCGAGACUUCAUUGUUGUUCUGCAUCAAUGUGGAAAUGAAGAACCCCUUGUUGUUGCUGGCUUGAAAAGCGGCGUUGCUUUGAAUAUGUCUCAUUUGCAGCUGCUUCAUGCGCACUACAAGUUCAGUCUACCUCGCAAGGGGCAAGGCAGCGGCAAAAAUGGCAACGUCAUCAAGAUCGACUUUGUGAAGGCCCUACUAAACCAUUUGUUCCCUGACAUGACGGAGGAGGAGAAACAGGAUUUGGUAGAUGGAAUGAUGGGCAAAAAAGUUCGGCAUGUCCAGAAAAAAGCUGGCAAACACAGCAAGUCCAUCAUAGCUGCCUUCAAUGGCUUGGAACAGGAGGACUUGAGGGAGUUUUCAAAAAUGACCGAGGUUGCCAUGGAUGAACUGAGGCGCUUGACAGAGCUACAAGCACUGGUGGAAGUGGUUGACUGGCUCUGGAAUGUGUAUGAGAAGCUUGAUGCAGAUCCUGCAGAUCUGAUUGAUCGGCCGAGUGAGGAGCUGAUGCAAAAGAUUGUGGAGUGCUUUGAUGAAUCAACAGGUUUUGUGGCUGCUCGAAAGGUUGCAGCUGGAAGUACACCGCCAAAGGUUGCAGCUGGGAGCACACCGGUAGCUCCACCAAAGGUUGCAGCUGGGAGUGCGCUGGCAGCUCCACCAAAGGUUGCAGCUGCAAGUGCGUCUGGAUCUGUAAAGAAACCAUUGAUGCAUGAGAAGGAGAGUUCAAAAGACACCAAGAAGGUGAAAAAGAGCUCGAAAGAGGUGACAAAAAAGAUCACCAAAGAGAAAGGUAAGUGA